AUGGGUCUUCUUUGUGUUGUUACUAAUUGUGGUGAAGGCAUGGAUUAUCAGUCAAUAGGUAAAAAUUUAAAUGGUUUAUGUCAAACAGGUGCUUGGGGUUGUUUUGAUGAUGUAGUUUCUACUCAAGUAAAAAGUAUUCAACAAGCAUUAUCAUUACAUGUUAAACAAUUUUUUUUUGAACACAAUGAAAUUCAACUUCUAUCAACUGUUGGUAUAUUUGUAACAAUGAAUCCAGGUUAUGCUGGUCGAACAGAAUUACCUGAAUCAGUUAAAACUUUAUUUCGACCUGUUGUUGUUGUUGUUCCCGAUAUGCAAUAUAUUGGAGAAAUAAAAUUAUUUGCUAAUGGAUUUAUACACGCAAAAAUUUUAGCUAAAAAAAUGGUAACAUUAUAUCGUUAUGCAUCAGAAUUACUUAGUAAACAAUAUCACUAUGAUUGGGGUUUAAGAAGUUUUAAAUCUGUUUUAUCAAUGACAGGUUAUUUAAAACGAACAUCAAUGAAAGAAGAUUCUGAAGAAAUUGUUCUUUUAAGAGCAUUACGUGAUAUGAAUAUACCAAAAUUUAUUUAUGAUGAUGUUAAUUUAUUUCUUACAUUAUUAAAUGAUUUAUUUCCAAAUAUUCAUUGUGAAUGGACUGAUAGUGUUGUCUCGAUGCUUUAUCGCAUGAUUAAUCGACCAACAAUACGUAAUGAAAGACGUUAA